AGCCGGGAGCGGCAGUGGAGACCCUCGGGAAUUCCAUCCGUUCAGCAUCGCAAGCCUCGCUCCAUCACCCCCCAGCUCAGCCCCGCGCCCGCAGGGCCCCAGGGGAAUCUUGUCCGGAAUUCUCUCAUUUCACUGCUGCCCAGGUGAGCUGUGCAAGGUCUGAACAACAGAAAGCAUAAAGGAUGUGGUGCCAGAGGCUGGCGUGGCUGCUCCGGGGGAGCUCCGGGCGUGGGUGUCCGAGGAUCGUGGCGGCGGCGCGCGGGCACCACACGGCCCCGCGGCCCCUGCGCUGUGCCUGGCAGCUGCACGGCGACCAUCUCGAGCUCAGGUAUGGGAGCACCCUGAUGCGCUUGGAUUUCGUGUGGCUGCGGGAUCACUGCCGCUCCGCCUCCUGCUACAACGCCAAGACCAACCAGCGCAGCCUGGACACGGCCAGCGUGGACCUGGCCAUCAGACCCCAGGCCGUGCGGGUGGACGAGAGCACGCUCUUCCUCACCUGGCCGGAUGGACACGUGACACGCUACGGGCUGGAGUGGCUGGUGAAGAACAGCUACGAGGGGCAGAAGAAGCAGGUGAUGCACCCCCGGAUCCUCUGGAAUGCAGAGAUCUACCAGCAAGCCCAGGUCCCCUCCAUUGACUGCCGGAGCUUCCUGGAGACAGACGAGGGCCUGAAGGAAUUCCUGCAGAACUUCUUGCUGUACGGUAUUGCUUUCGUGGAGAACGUCACUCCCACCAAAGAGGACACAGAAAUCUUGGCAGAAAGGAUCAGCAUUAUCAGGGAGACCAUUUAUGGCAGGAUGUGGUACUUCACCUCUGACUUCUCCCGGGGAGACACAGCCUACACCAAACUGGCCCUGGACCGGCACACGGACACCACCUACUUCCAGGAGCCCUGUGGCAUCCAGGUGUUCCACUGCCUGAAGCACGAGGGCACGGGCGGGCGGACGCUGCUGGUGGACGGUUUCCACGCGGCGGAGCAGGUGCUGCGCCAGGCCCCGGAGCACUUCGAGCUGCUCAGCAGAGUGCCCCUCAAACACGAGUACGUGGAGAACGUGGGGGGCUGCCACAACCACAUGAUCGGCGUGGGGCCCGUGCUCAACGUGUACCCCUGGAACAACGAGCUCUACCUGAUCAGGUACAACAACUACGACCGCGCCGUCAUCAACACGGUGCCGCACGACGUGGUGCGCCGCUGGUACCACGCGCACCGCGCGCUCACCACUGAGCUCAGGCGGCCGGAGAACGAGCUGUGGGUCAAGCUGAAGCCAGGCAAGGCCCUGUUUGUGGAUAACUGGCGUGUCCUGCACGGCCGGGAAGCGUUCACGGGAUACCGGCAGCUCUGCGGCUGUUACCUGACCAGGGACGACGUGCUGAACACGGCCCGGCUCCUGGGGCUGCAGGCUUAGCCCAGCCCCUGGGAGGGGCUGGCAGCCCCAAAUCCCACCUCCGGGAGGGGCAGGCAGCCCCCAAUCCCACUUGUGGGAGGGGCAGGCAGCCCUUCAAUCCCACCUCCAAGAGGGGCUGGCAUCCCCAAAUCCCACCUGUGGGAAGGACAGGCAGCCCCCAAUCCCACCUCUGAGAGGGUCAGGCAGCCCCCAGUCCCACUCAUGGGAAGGGCAGGCAGCCCCCAGUGCCACCCCCGUGGUGGAACAGGAGUGCUGAUGCCCCUCCCUGUGCUCUGAGCCCUCCGUGCUGGUGCCUCCCCCUGACACAGACACUGCACAUACCUCAGACACCUCCGCCCUCUCCAGGCAGCUCUCAGUGCCUGCUCAGGAGAGGGAGCAGGUGGAAGCCAAAGGUUCUGGGACCUUUAUGGGACCACGCUCUGCCUUUGAGCACAGUCAGCUCUUGCUGUCCGUGCUCCCAGCCUGGCCUUUCCAGCGUGGCUCAGCUCUGGUCAAUCUUCACCUUAGGAAGUGCUCCUCCAAGCAAGUGCCUUCAGGAUUUGGAAGCUUUGCAUUGUUCCCUGUUCAGCCCUUUUUUUUCAGCUUCCACUUUUAGGGGCUUUUUAGCAGAACAGUGUGGAAAUCUUUGGGAUCUUCUUCCGUGUCACUGAUCCAAGCCGUGCUGCCUGGAGAGAUCCUGGUGUACUCUGGGCAUUUCUGAGGAGAUGGAAAAGGGAAACAGCAAGAUCUGCAUGUUGGGAAGCAGAGAUGACCAUGUUAGAUGAGGGAUGGAAUUCCCACUUUUCCUUGACUUCCAGUACUGCCCUGCUGGUGUUCCCUGUUGAUUGUGUCGAGGGUGGCACUCAGCAGCCACAGUAUCUGCUGACAGCCUUCCCACCCUGCCUUCUCUUCCAUCUUUUCUUAGGGAAUUUUUGUGAGGUUGUCAUCACAUUUCCUGCUGCACAAACCUGACCCUUUGGGUAUGGUUUUUUCCCCCAAAAUUUUCCUAUUCUAAAGGUACCAGAGCUCCAAGGAGAUGGGAGGGUAAAUUGGGCUCUGGCACAUUAAAAGGCCACAGGGUAAGGAAACAAAAGCAAAUCCUUUUGUUACAGGAACGUUGGAAUUUCAGAACCAAGAGGGCGUUUUAGGAUUUGAUUAUUUUUUAUCCUUUUUGGGGUGUUCCCUCUGCCCUGCCCAGACCUCAGAGCAGGGCUGAGCCCCUCCUGGCUGUGCUGUGUGAGCUGCUCUGUGCCCACAGUGCAGGUGCUGAACUUGCUGCCCUCAUUUAAUCCAAACAUUGAAUGUGCAGAUCCCAGUAUUUCCUCUUUGUAGGUUCUCCUGAGGUGCCAGUUCCACCUGCACAGCUGAGAGGGGAAGUUUCACAGCUCUCCAUUAAUCCUGUAGAAGCAGCAAACCCCAGCAGGAACUUGUGGUGUCCCUCACCCAUCCCAGCUCCGUGUUCCAGAGCUGCUUCCACCCUGUACUGCUGCUGAGGGAAGAGUUGGUGCCCAAAACAGUCUGUUACUUGUAAAAAGGAGGGGACAGAGGGUUCUUGAUCAGUAUUUGGAACCCUCCUUAAAUUCCUACAGGGUUCCUGAGCUAUUUUUCCUCCCUGUGCCCCCGGGAUCUGAGGGAAACACUUAGGUACUGUGGGACCUUCCCUUGGAGAGAUCAGCUUCACCUUCCCCUGCUCAGAACUCCAUGUUUAUCAGCUGCAGGCUGGAAAUCUGCUGGAUAUCUGUUUCUACUCCGUGGCACGAGGGAGACCCCACCAAAGGGUACUGACCACGCUGUCGUGACAGAGGUGCCUUUGCGACAAGGAAUGUGGUGCCUUGGGCUGGGCUCUGCAGACAUCAAGCCCUCAUGAACCAGCCCCAAGCCAACCCCCUCCUUAGCAGGACUGUGUGACCUAUUUUGGGGGAAAACUGUCCCCAAUGAAUGUAGAAGAAACACAAUCCCUCAUCUUUCAAAUCCUUUCCUCACCCCUGUGAUAAACAGGGAGUGGGGAGAGCUGUGUUUCCAUCUUGUUUCACCAUUCCCCACCUCCCAAGAGGGCUAAAUUCUUCCUGGGCAGCUUGGGAGCAUCCAGAAGUUCUGUGAAGGAGCAGGAGCUGGUGGGAGGUGCCACUUGUCCCCUCCAGGUGUUUGCCGGGCCGUGUCCUGGAGCGGGGCUGCCGUGACAGGGGGUCAGGCUUUGUGAUCCAGCUUUUCCACUUCCUUCAGCCAAUAACUGACCUGCUUUCUCCUCCUUCCCAGCGCUCUGGGUGAUCCAAUGGAUGUGUUUAAUCAGACUUUUCCAAAACUAAGAAAUCGAGUCUUCAAAUAAAUCACUUAUAAAGUC